GAAGAAGAGAUGUGAGCGAGGGAUGAACAUGAGAGGAGUGGAACACAGCCGUUCAUUCUGCUCUAAACCUGCUGUGUUUCAGACGGUGAAGAAGACAGCAGAAGGAAUUACUCCAGGAGAUUCAACUGACAUUUAUUUUAAAGAUGGAGUUUAAGGAAGAACCCUGCAGAGUGAGAGAUGAAGAUUCAGAGGAACAAACAGACUCAAUGGCAGAGGCUGAAGACAAAUGUCAUCGGAUUCAAAAACCUUGUCAUUUAAAGAACGAAGAUGGAAAUGCAGUUGUUUCAAAUACUGAAGAGAAUGUCACACACAAACCAGCUGGAAAAUCUGGAAAUCCAACCGUUUCAAAGACUGGAGAGGAUGUCACUCAAAAACAAGCUGGAAAAUCUGGAAAUCCAGUCAUUUCAGAGACUGGAGAGGAUGUCACACAAAAACAAGCUGGAAAAUCUGGACACAAAGGAUUUUUCACCUGCACAGAGUGUGGAAAAUGUUACAUGCAUAAAUCAGACCUUAAGCGACACAUGAGAAUUCACACGGGAGAGAAUCUGUUCACAUGCACUCACUGUGGAAAGAGUUUCAUACAUAAAAGGCACCUAAAUGAGCACACGAGAGUUCACACUGGAGAAAGACCGUUCACAUGCACUCAGUGUGGAAAGAGUUUCAAGCGCAAAAGCGUUCUCACCAACCAUCUGCGCUCUCAUACUGGAGUGAAGUCUUUCAGCUGUGAUCAAUGUGACAAAACAUUUGCUUUGGCAUCUAGCUUAAAAGCACACCUUAAAGUUCAUGUAGAUGUGAAGCCACACAUUUGUUCUUUUUGUGGAAAGAGUUUUUUAGAAUUGCACUCUUUAAAACAGCAUGAGCGUGUACAUACUGGUGAAAGACCUCAUAUGUGCUUUGAAUGUGGGAAGACUUACACUACAUCCAGUGCUUUAAAAUCACACCAGAGAAUUCAUACUGGAGAGAAACCAUACGAGUGCUCACACUGUGGAAAGAGUUUCUCUUAUUCAAAAUCAUUGAAAGAUCAUGAGAGAGUUCAUACUGGAGAGAAGCCGCACCAUUGCUCUUUAUGUGGGAAGAGUUUCAACCAAAUAUCUCAUCUACAGACUCAUAAGAAAAAGCAUUGCCCGAAGUUGCCUCAAUGAGCAAAUGUCCAUGUUCAGAUCCAUCACUCACAAAUAAUACACUCACAAGUAAAUCAUUUUUACAUUCAGAUUAGAUGUGCUCUGUGGAAACUUUUUUUGUUCAAAUUUAAAGGGACACCAGGCAGGAAUGCUGUUUUUGUCAAACAGUGACCCCUAGAGUAACUGUGGAGUACUUAACGUUUUAACGUUACUGUCGUAAAUACCACUCAUGGAGGGUGUGACGUGUUACAUAGUAUACAAUAGUACAUUGUGUUUAAUUUGUCGUUUAAUGAGAUCUAAUAUAUGUUGUUAGCGGUGAGAAUAUUCGCGUGAUUAAAUACAUAUCCCCAUGAACUUUAAUGGUCCAGAGGAAGAACUUUUGCCAUGUGUGUCACAGGUUUUGGGUUCUAAUCCUUACUAAUAGUAUAGUUUAUUUUCCUCAUCAACACCGAUUGUUUAUUAGUGGCUGUAUUUCAAGCAGGGACAUGUUUUUUGUGCAUUGGGUUUUGUGAUUUCACCGUAACGAGUCUCUCAGUCCCCGCAACGGAUUGAGCGCGCAUUCUUUUGAAGACAGCGUGCGUCACAACAGAACACUGAAUCACUGAAACUGAUCGCAGCUGCAACGAGCACUUUGGUCACUUGAUUUCAAAAACAACACAUUUCAGAUCACCUCUUAUUUUAACAAAUGAACUAAAUGAAUGCUCUAGAGUUACCUGAAGAUGUUUUAUUUGUUUGUAUUGGUACAUCCGUGCUGCGAGAUGUUUCAAUGGGGACAUAUCACCCGCAAAUUACGGCUAUGCUCGUGUCUGACUCUCUGACUUUCUUCUAAGCUGGUUAUCUCUCUUAAGGCUAGUAGUCAAAUGUUUAUGAGCAAUUAGAUUACCAUAUUAAAGAUCCCCUAUCAUGGA